UUCAGUAAAAUGAUCUUACCUCGGUCACCCACAGGGGGCGUCACACGUUUCCUCUCAUUUGCGCUCAUUGCCGGUGACGUCAGACAACAAAGAUGGCAGCUGGGAGCAGCAAUUACUGGGAAGACCUGAGGAAACAGGCGCGGCAGCUGGAGACUGAGCUGGACCUGAAGUUGGUCUCAUACAGCAAGCUGUGUACCAGUUACAGUUGCCACGGAGAUGGCUUGGACACCACACCCCUCCUGAAAGGCUCCAACCAAGACAGAAUGUUUAACACUGUGGGCGUUGAGAUUGAGCAGCUUCUGGCAAAGUUGACUGGCAUUAAUGACAAGAUGGCAGAGUGUACCAGUGUGUCGGGCAUGACGUCACACAGUGCUGCGCUCAUGCAUACGCUGCAGAGACACCGAGACAUCCUCCAGGACUACACUCACGAGUUCCACAAAACCAAGGGCAACUUCCUGGCAGUGCGGGAGAGGGAGGACCUACUGGGCUCGCUCAAGAAGGAAAUGGAGACGUACAAGAGCAGCUCAGGGGUAAACAACAGGAGGACGGAGCUUUUCCUGAAGGAGCACGAGCAUUUGAGGAACUCAGACCGCUUGCUGGACGACACAAUAAGCAUUGCUAUGGCAACCAAAGAGAACAUGACAUCCCAGCGUGGGUUGCUGAAGUCCAUUCAGAGUCGUGUCAACACUCUGGCCAACCGGUUCCCAGCCAUCAACAACCUCAUCCAGCGAAUCAACUUACGGAAGAGGCGGGACUCUUUCAUUCUGGGCGGAGUCAUCGGAGUCUGCACCAUUCUCCUCCUGCUCUAUGCAUUUCACUGACAGAUCCCCCAGCGGUGGGCUUAUUAACUUAUGUGACCAAAUUGGAUGGCUAGGGGUGUGGGUGUGCUACACUGCAAUUUUUGCUUUUGGUACCGGAGGAAGGCGAACCCAGCCCGAUGGGUUUCCCCAGACAGGAUGAGCUACAGGGGCCUGAAGGCCUCCAGGUGGUGGUAGGGGGGUGGGGGGGGGCAUUUACUGCUCAAGAAUGAUUUUAUGAAAAUGAUAUAUUAUUUAAAUAUUUGAUUUUAUGUUCCUUGUAAAGAGGAAUAUGUGUCUUAAUACACUAAGUAAUAUAUUAUAUACAUAGAUAUACACACACAUACAUGUAGAACAAAGGCAUGUGUGUGUAUAUAUAUUUGUACUGGUUAUUUGCAUCUAUUUUUUAAUAAGUGUUUUAUCGUGUGAAACCAAAGUUGGCUCGAACACAUUCAGAUCCCCCGUGGCGUUCCUGUGCGCUGCUGAUUUGGACUUUUUCAGGCCUGUCCUGGCUCUGCACAUGGGGUAGGCGGAUCCGACAGCAGGGACAGCAGGGGGCGCCGUGUGACAGGAAGGGCUUUCAGAAUCAUUACUGAACUGAAAUUAUCCCCUGCAGCACGCGAAUGGAGACUUUGGUUUCUCUGCAGGAGUGGCCUUUAGGCCGUCAGAUCGUGUUCCGUUUUUUAUGUCUUGGUGGCUGGUACAGCUGCUGGUGGGAUGUGUUCGUGGUGGACGUGUCGGGUCUCUGGGUCACAGCGUGGCCAAAACCAGUCCGUGUUCCGCCUACUGUCAAGUGUGACACUUCUGUUCUUCAACAGUGUUUAAUGACUAGUCUAACCCUGUCAUAAGAUUUUAACACUGUAUGUGUAAAUUUUCACAUAAAAUGAAUACAUUUUUUUAAAAUA